AAGCGACUUCCGGCGGCGCCGGGCGAGAGGCGUGAGGGGAAGCUGAAGUUCCAGCGUUGCCUGCAAAGCAGCCGCGGAAAGGGGAGCUGUGCACGGGCCUGUUGGGGUUCCCCCGCCGGUCGCCUCUUCGUCCCGCUUGUCUGCCGGGGCGCAGCGCGGCUGGCACGUGGGUCCAGGCCCGAGGCAGCUCCCCCGGGGGCCGCCCGGGCUCAGCAUGCCCGGGGUGAAGCUGACCACCCAGGCCUACUGCAAGAUGGUGCUGCACGGUGCCAAGUACCCGCACUGCGCCGUCAACGGGCUGCUGGUGGCCGAGAGGCAGAAGCCCCGCAAGGACCACCUGCCCCUGGGCGGCCCGGGCGCGCACCACACGCUCUUCGUGGACUGCAUCCCCCUCUUCCACGGCACGCUCGCCCUUGCACCCAUGCUCGAGGUGGCCCUCACCCUGAUUGAUUCCUGGUGCAAAGAUAAUAGUUACGUGAUUGCUGGUUAUUAUCAAGCUAAUGAACGAGUGAAGGAUGCCAGUCACUUCUCUCUGAAAAGCCUCCCCUCUUCGGCCAGACCUAGUCCAAACCAGGUUGCCGAAAAGGUUGCCUCCAGAAUCGCUGAGGGCUUCAGUGACACAGCCCUCAUCAUGGUGGACAACACUAAGUUCACGAUGGACUGUGUGGUGCCUACGAUCCAUGUAUACGAGCACCACGAAAACAAAUGGCGGUGCCGAGACCCACACUAUGAUUACUGUGAAGACUGGCCAGAGGCCCAGAGGAUCUCAGCAUCUCUCCUGGACAGCCGAUCCUAUGAAACACUUGUGGAUUUCGAUAACCACCUGGAUGACAUUCGGAAUGACUGGACAAAUCCAGAGAUCAAUAAGGCUGUUCUGCACCUAUGUUAGAGAGGGACUUCAGUGACUGGUCUUUGAGCAUUUCCACUACCCUAAAGAAAAACUAUUUUUAAACGUAAAUAAAAUAUCUCAUAGCCUGUGAGGAAAACUGACAGUAGUCAGAAUGGCAUGUGCCUGGAAAGAGGCAGCACUAUCUCUUUGGCCAUUUUUUUCAUUCAGAGUCUCUAGAGAAGGUACAGACUGUCGGGUCUGACCAUCCCAUGGAGCCCUUCCAAGUUACACAUUGCUGUAAUCCUCCAGAUCAGAGCUAUUUCUGCUUGUCUUAAGAUUCUUCCUAUUAAACAGUUUUAACUAAC